GGAACUAAAAGCUGUCAAGCGGGAUUCUACCUUUAUGGACGCGAGGAAUGGAAUGGUCCAGGAACUCUCCUCAUAGAGACGCUCAAACUAAACUUUCCAACUUUCGUGUUGUCUGGAAAAAUGACAACUUUUCGGAGAGAUUAAAGCAACAACUACUUACAGUCCAAUAACCGUCAAAUAAAACAUGGCGUCUGAGGUGAAAUUAAACGGGGGCGAACUUUUGGAAGUUGACAUAUGCGACGCCGGCGUGUACUCCGGGGACGAGAGCGGCGUUUUCGUCAACUCCGCCGCCUCCCCGCAGGACGACUUCUCCGGGUUCCACCAGUGGACGAGACCCGCCGAGUCACCGGAUGGCGCAUCGUCAUCGCCUCCGGGACGGCGGCAGCAGGUCCCCGCCGGCCAACCCGGAGCCCCGCGGGCCGGCGCGGCCGGGGACCGUGACUCCGGGUGCCCGGGGGAUGGAGUCAAAUCGCAGAGGUCCUCCAUCGUGGACUGUCUGCUGGUGGAGCUUUAUGAGACGUGCGGUGGAGGCGGCAGGAGGAACCGGGACAGCUGGGACAGCUCCACCGAGGCGUCCGGCUCGGACGCCUUCCUGGGCCGCAGCAACUCCGGGUCCGGCUUCCUCCAGGAGCUCCAGGAGAAGCACACCAGGAGGCAUCAGAUGAACUACCUGGCCCAGAAAGCCCCGGCGGAGCUGCACUCGAUCAUCCAGGAGGUCAAAUAUCGUACGAGCCUGCAGUCCACCAAGCUGCUUCGCCAGCUGAGGAGACGCGACCGACUCUGCCACAAACUGCAAAGGAGCUACGACAUCAUCACCGCGUGCCUCCAGGCCGUCUCGCAGAAACGACGAGUUGACACGAGGCUGAAGUUUACCAUCGAACCCUCGCUGGGGAAGAAUGGAUUCCAGCAGUGGUACGACGCCCUUAAAGCAGUGGCCAGACUCCCCACUGGGAUACCGAAGGAAUGGAGGAAGAGGGUUUGGCUAACGCUAGCUGACCAGUACCUCCACAAUAUCUCCAUCGACUGGGACAAGACGCUCCGCUUCGCCUUCAACGAGCGCAGCAACCCGGACGAUGACUCCCUCGGCAUCCAAAUCGUCAAGGACCUGCACAGGACGGGCUGCAGCUCCUACUGCGGCCAAGAGGCGGAGCAGGACAGGGUGGUGCUGAAGAGGGUGCUGCUGGCGUACGCCCGCUGGAAUAAGAGUGUGGGCUACUGCCAGGGAUUCAACGUCCUGGCUGCGCUCAUUCUGGAGGUGACGGAGGGACACGAGAGCGACGCACUAAAGGUGAUGAUCUAUCUGAUUGACAAAGUGCUGCCCGAGAGUUAUUUUGCCAAUAACCUGCGAGCAUUGUCAGUGGACAUGGCGGUGUUCAGAGACCUGCUGCGCCUGAAGCUGCCCCGACUGUCCCAGCACCUCCACCACCUUCAGAAAGCUGCCAACAGAGAGGCCGGAGGCAGCUACGAGCCUCCGCUGACCAACGUGUUCACUAUGCAGUGGUUCCUCACCAUGUUCGCCACCUGCCUGCCGGCGCCCACCGUGCUGAAGAUCUGGGACUCGGUCUUCUUCGAGGGUUCGGAGGUGGUGUUUCGCGUCGCCCUCGCCAUCUGGGAGAGACUGGGAGAGAGGAUCGAGUACUGUCACACGGCGGACGAGUUUUACAGCACGAUGGGUUGCCUCACUCAGGAGAUGCUGGAGCACGACCUCAUCGAUCCUCCUGAACUCAUGCAGGAGGUCUACUCCAUGGCAGUGUUUCCUUUCCCGCAACUGGCGGAGCUGAGAGAGAAGUACACUACAACAUCACCCCGUUCCCCAGCGCCGUCAAAUUCCACUGGAAGUGGCAUUCUGGGCAGCUGGGAGAGCGACGAUGAUGCCGACAUGGACGAUGAGGACUCCAUGGUGACGGCGCUCGGUUGCCUGGGUCCCCUGGGGGGCCUUCUGGCCCCGGAGCUGCAGAGGUACCACAAACAUCUCAAAGACCAGCAAGGAGAGCAGGGGAACAUCUCCGAGCUGAGCACAGGAGCGGUGGGUGGAGCAGCAGGAGGAGGAGGAAAAGGUGCAAAGGCAGAGCAUCAAGCAGCAAUCAACAGCAUGAUGAUGGAGCGGAUGAGCACCGACAUCUACGCCCUGAAGAAGCAAUAUACGCGCAUCAAAAGGAGGCAGCAGCAGCAGGCGAUGCAGCUCUACAUACGCACAGGACCUGGACCCGAAGGGGCCACAAAGCCAGGGGUUCUCCAGGAGCACCGCGGCGACGGCCCCGACCAGCACAGCGACGACAAGUGUCCGGCCACCCGUGUCUUGCCCUCCCAACUCAACCCGUCCGGCGCUGUAAUCAACCACCUCCUCCUGGGUCGGAAACAACGCGCGGACCCCCGGGGCUCCACACCCGCAUCCCCACUGCCGUCUCUGUCCCAGAGUCAGGGCUCUCCGGCCCUGCAGCGCUGUGGCUCGCUGCUCUCCAGCAGCACCGGCUCUCCGGGGAGCUUGGGAGGAGGCGCGGGGUCGCCGUGGCGAGCUCACGUCCGCGUUCAUCGACGGAAUAUAGCCAGAGCCCGAGCACAGCUGGGCUUUGGAGAUUCAGAGGAAAGGGAAGGGCAUGAGGGAGAGGAGGAGGACGGGAAGGAGGAAGGAAGUUUUGAGGGUGAAGAGGAGAUAAAGAUUGAGGAAAACGAGCGGGAUGAGGAGGAGCCGAAAGAAGGCAGUGACCCUUCACCUCCCGUUUUGUUUAGUGAAGGGUCAUUGGAGGAGGAUCCACAGGUGGAAAAUGACACAGCAGAGGUUGCAGAGGUGGUGGUGCAACUGGACUCUCUGGAUCUGGAGGACGCUUCUAGUCUGACCUCCUCCAUCAGCCAAGAUGCACGAGCAGAGUCUAAACCUGCGCGCCGAGUCCCUCUUCUUCUCCCCCCCCCUCCGUCCUCCAACAGACACAGAGAGUCCGAUUCCUCAGGUUCCGAAAGAAGCACCGCCGGACACUUUCCCUCCACCACUUUACCUCCACCUCAGCACUCCGUCAACUCCACUCCGUCCCCCUCUCCGGUCCCCACGUUGGCUUCUCUCGGCCCAUCCGGCUCCUCCACUCCAACCCCUCCCUCCACCCCGACGCUUAACUCCACCCCCCGCCUCUCCUCUCGCACUCCUUGCCCCUCCACCUUUUACAAAACAUCCUCACCCUCCACCCCCUCACUGUCCUCUAUCGCCUCCUCAUCCGGAUCACAUUUAUCCUCCUCCCCGUCGACCCCGGCGUUGUCAUCCACCGUUGCUCACAAGCAGCCCAUCUUCUCCCCGUUUCCCAGCGUGAAGCAGCCCCGGAGAUCGGCGGCAGCCCGAAAUCUCGGCCUCUACGGCCCCACGUCCAGGACACCCACAGUACACUUCCCGCAGCUCAGCCGCAACCUCAACCGCAGUAGCGCCGCGGGCGUCACGGGGAGCCGGUGAAUUGUGACUGACUACGCCGCCUUGCCUCAUGCAUAUUGAUAAAAUAACCCACAUCUUAUUCAAAGAAGCUUGAAAGUUGUAGUGCAUUGAUGUUGACAUGUGAAGAUCGUGGUUAACUUGAUAAAAGGCUCCUCCUGAAAUUCUCAAGCCAUAAUAGACUCGUCGACUAUUCAUUCUUGAGGAAAGCUCAUGUUUUGUUUAUGCCGCAUUGAUGUUAUACAGCUAAGGAACACACAGCACUUAACAGCGUCCAGCCCUUUACAGUUGCCUAUGCAGGUUUUCCUGUACUAUAAAGGACACAUGCUGACACAAAUGAUAAGAGGUCAGAUGUGAACUAUGUCAGAUGUUAAAAAGCUAGAAAUAGUUCUCCCUGGAGUGAAUUGUGAAGAGACUGACCGGCUUCCUUCUGGAGUCAUAUAGGCGGCAACAUUGUGAAGUUCCUUUUUUUUCUAUGAGAUAACACAAUAGCCAUCAAGUCGUUUAAUGCAGAGUAUUGAAAACUAACUUGCAAACAAUUGAUACCUAAGAAUUUCUGUGAAUGGAAAAUAAUAAACAGUUUUUCCCCAAAA